CGUUCAUCCCUCAAUUCGACCAGGUCCUUCCUAUUUAUAAAGAAAAUAACUCUUUCUGUCUGCGACCUAGCUCGUUUUCCGUACGAUUCAUGGCCUGCGUUUCUCGAUUCUGGGCGAUUGUUGUUUGAAACCUGGUGUGAUUCUCGCUGUUCUUAGUCGGAAUCAAUGGAAUUUCAGUUUGGAAGGAUUUACAGUCAAGAAACCAACAUACGACGAUAUUCAACUGCGCCUUUACUGUUCAUGUAAUCGCGUUUUGAUUUUCAUGUAUUUUGUUCGGUUUUGUUGGGUUUCUGGUUUCGAAAUCGUUUCUGAGUGCUAGUCCGACCUCGGAAUUGCUGCGACGAGGUACGAAUCCGGUCUCUGAUUUGGGGAUUUCUUUGUUUCGAACUCUGUUUUUUCCCAGGUCGUGUGUAGGUCUGCGUUUCUGAUUUUGUUGUGCGGCUUUGACCCUGUAAAAUGAACAAAAAGAAGACAGGAAAGGGGGAGGCUACGCCCAGGCUUACCAGGUCCAAGGCAUCAGGCUUUGAGGUUUUGAGUAAUCUUGAGGAGGAUUUCCCUUUGCUUGCUAAAUCUGCUGCAGGUCUUAGCUCCGGAACUGCUGUUUUAGAUACUGCAACUGGGCGUUUUGAGCAGGCAGAUGAGGCUACUGGGGGUAUCCCAAACUCUGGGAGCUCGACUUCUGCUAUGUUAAAAACUGCUACCCCUGGAACCUUAACAGAAGGUGAACUCUUUGUGUCUCAAACGGCUAAGGCAGUGAAUGGGUCUGCUGCAAUACCUACUGCACAGAUGCCAACUGCACAGAAUGGGUCUGCUGCAAUUCCUACUGCACAGAAGUCAACUGCUGCUUGGAAAAUGACCACUCACCCUGGACCAAAUGAUGAAGCUUCUGCUCCCAAACAUGCUGGAAAUAACCCAAAAUUGGCAGAUUUAUUUAGAGACAACCGUGCUCAAUCUAAAGGUAUUAAAUUAAAAUACCUACCUUCUGAAAAUGAAAUUGUUGAUCUUUCAAAGUGUGUGUUACCUUCUAUGGUCUCGUUGUGGGGCUUUUGCCUUGUUGGAUGCUUCACAGGUAGAUUCCCGGGGCUUAAAGCUAUUUAUGAGCUUGUGAAUAGCUGGGGUGUGCACUGUACUUUGCAAUCCCAUAAAAAAGGAUGGGUGGUUUUUAAAUUUAAGAAUGAGCGGGAUAGAACUAAGUCUUUACCGAAGGACCUUACAAUAUCCUAGGUAGAUUACUGUUUUUAAAAAUGCUAUCUGAGGAUUUCACUUUUGAUGAUGAGGCAUUCCUUAAGGUGCCUAUUUGGGUAAAGUUUCCCAAUUUACCCUUAAAUCUGUGGAAUGAAGAGGCACUGAGCAUGAUUGCUUCUAAGGUGGGUGUUCCUAUCACUACGGACAAGGUCACGCAAGAGAUGACAAACUACAACUUUGCGAGAGUGUUGAUUGAAGUGGAUAUCACCUUGGCACCAUGCCUCUCUUUGCCUAUCCGGUUACCAUCAGGAAAGAUUUUUAAACAAGUUGUUGUUUACGAAACCUUUCCUAUUUUCUGCUUUCAUUGCAAAUCUUAUGAUCAUCACCCAUUUAUCUGCAAUGAAUUGGGAUGGAAUAAGAAGGAUAAAGUGAGGAUUUCAAAUGAUGUGAAGAAGGGGUUAAACGGUAAGGUGAUUUCCCUUACUAAAUGUGGAGGCAGGGAUGAGGGGAAGCCUAAACUGGACGUUGUAGGUGGAAAAGGGGAUGAGGUUGUAGCUAUAUCUGAUCUGGCAGAUUCUGCCCUAGGGAUUGACCCGACCGAGCUCCCGACCGGGUCACAGAUUUUAAUCCCAAACCCGCCCGGGUCUUCCCCAAACCCGCCCGGGUUUCAGAGGCAGCCUGCUCCUGCUGGGUCUGCUGUUUCUUCUGGAGGUUCUGUUGAUGAUGUGGUGGCUGCUCCUGACCCUACCGGGUCCUCUGACCAGAUGGCAGCCUUGGGUAGGUGUGUGAGUUUAGAAAGUGAGCUGAAAAAAGAUGAUGUGGUUUUCAAGUGUGAGAUCAUUGGUGCUAAGAAGUUUAAGUUGUUUGUUAAACCUUUCAAACACGUCCAAGCUAGUGUAACUAGAGUGGAUAGGUUUCUUAGACUUACGGACGACUUGGACAAGAGGGGGCUAACAUUCACUGAUCACUGUAUGGAGAGUUUGCCGGGAUUUACUAUGAAGAAAGGGGAGGUUUCUUUCGUUGCAAAGUUUAAUAAUCCUUUCCAUGUUUUCUUUGGAUGUUAAACUAGGUUUCCUCUCAGGGAACUAGUGUGUUGAUUUUAUGUUUCUCCUUUGUUUCUGAGCUCUGUUUGCUGUUUUCUUGAACAUUUAGUCUCUUGAUGUUGUGGUAUUCCGUUUCGGGAUAUGCACUUUUCUGUAACAUUGACUUGUUAUUUCUUUUGAGUGUUAAUAUAUACUUACAUUUCAUCCAAAAAAGAAAAUAACUCUUUCAAAUGGGUG